AUGACUCCAAACUGUCGCGGAUAUACCUCGAUCAUGAAAACGUCUUACUCCAGACAUGAAAUUCCGUACUAUUACAACAAUGCGUACGACCAAAUACUGGGAUACAAGCAUGUCGAUUCAGGCAACUUCUCCUACAAAGUGAUUGAGCUGAGACAGCACCAAGUCAAUGCCUCAGAGUCGUGUGUCUCCCAGGAUGCCUGGCUGGUGAAGGUCGGAACAAUGGACCGUCUAACUAUCCUACAGACUGAAAUACAACAAAACGACCUAUUAAAACAAGAUUAUCGAUUCUACGUCUCCGGACAGUUCACAACACAGUGGCAGGACAGUGAUGGUGACGUCAUCGACUCAACACUCUGGUCCCCUCAGAACCCUGACCCCGCACAAGGUCACUGUGUCAUGUUGACACAGUAUGGUCUAGCCAGU